CCUCUGUCGCUGCCGGAGAGACGAGUCCGCUUCGCAAUCAAUCAGUGUGCUAUCGUCGCUGUGGACUCCGAGAGACAUGUCAGCGAUAUGAAAAUUAUAACCCUGCGGCGAGGUUAGCCUCUGAUAAAGCCAGUCCUCAGCCCAGAGACAGAGAGCGAGGUUUGUCCAGAGUGGAGGGUUGUCCUGAUCUCGCAGCAGACCAACCAUGGCAAGGACCACUCUAGAUAUCAACAGUGACGGUCCUAUGUUUUCUGACUUGAACCAAAGUCCAACUGAAGAGGACGCCCUAUUUCCUCCUACCAUUCCCCCUGGACCCUCCAGGCCCCAGAGUCACUAUGAGAGGAUUGGAGGGCGAACAGGAACAUCGUUCUUCCAGACUCUCAUCCACCUGUUGAAGGGGAAUAUUGGUACAGGUUUGCUUGGUCUUCCUCUGGCUGUCAAGAAUGCAGGGCUAGUGCUUGGUCCCAUCAGCCUGCUGUGUAUGGGUGUCAUAGCACUCCACUGCAUGGUGCUGCUGGUAAAAUGCUCCCACCACCUCAGUGCAAAGAUGAACAAGCCGUCUCUCACCUACGGCGAGGCGGUGCAGUAUGGAAUGGAAAAUGUUGUGUGGCUGAGGAGACACUCACACUGGGGAAAGCGGACUGUGAAUUUGUUUCUCAUCAUCACCCAGCUGGGCUUCUGCUGUGCCUACUUUGUCUUCCUCAGUGACAAUGUCAAGCAGGUGGUGGAAGCAUCCAACGCCACCACCUUCGACUGCUACGUAAACCAGACCAACCAGACCCAGAUCCUGGUGCCCAGCUUUGACACCCGCCUCUACAUGCUCUGCUUCCUGCCUGCUAUUAUUCUGCUGGUUUUCACGCCCAACCUGAAGUACCUGGCCCCUUUUUCUCUGCUGGCCAACCUGGUCAUGUCUGCCAGCCUGGUUCUCAUCUACUUCUACUCGCUCAAGAACAUCAAAUACCCCAUCGAUCUACCAAAAGUGGGGCGUGCCAAAGAUUACCCACUCUUCUUUGGGAUGGCCAUCUUCGCUUUUGAGGGAAUCGGAGUGGUCCUUCCCCUGGAGAAUAAGAUGCAUAGGCCGCAGAGCUUCAACCUGGUUUUGUACCUGGGCAUGGGAAUUGUUACUUUUUUGUACAUCAGCCUGGGCACCAUAGGCUAUAUGUGUUUUGGAAAUGAUAUAGCAGGCAGUAUCACACUCAACCUUCCUAACUGCUGGACGUACCAGGUUGUGAAGCUGCUUUACAGCUUUGGCAUUUUCAUAACCUUUGCCCUUCAGUUCUACGUUCCGGCAGAGAUCCUUAUUCCUGCGGUGGUGGCCCGUGUGGAGGAGAGGUGGAAGAUGGCUGUUGACCUGUUGCUUCGCUCCGCCCUGGUCAUCUUCACCUGUGCCCUUGCUAUCCUGGUUCCGGAGCUGGAUCUGGUCAUCUCAUUGGUGGGCUCUUUCAGCAGCAGUUUCCUGGCACUCAUCUUCCCGCCUCUCCUCCAGAUCGCAACUUUUCACACAGAGCGCCUGUCGCCGUGGGUGACUACCAAGAACCUGAUCAUAAGCGCGGUCGGGUUCAUUGGCUUCUUAGCAGGAACCUACAUCGCCAUCGAGGAAAUCGUUAACCGAAAUGGACACAAGCAGUAAGAGACCUUUGCUACUGCUAGCGAGUGAUGGAGGGAGUGGAGUGGUGUCAUCUCAGUGUCAAAGUACCCACACAGGCUGAUCAGAAGCCGUUUUGAAAGGCACAUUUUGUUUUUAUUUGCUGCUGAAUGUCAGCAGCGUUGGGAUAAAUCAUUUACAGGUUUUAUUAAAAUGAUGCCUUGAGGAUUUGCGGUGCUUGCUGUUGUUGUAGUUUUUAGUUUGCUGACAUUUAUGCCUAAUGGCAGUUCAGUCUGACAUCACUCACAUAUUCCAGAUAUUUAUUGCAAUCAAAUAGUGACAUAAUUAUAAUUGGCGGUGAAAGCCUCAAGUAGAACAUAUGCUUAGAAGAUAGACAACCAGUUCCAAGAAUAUAGAGAGCAUGUAAAUAAUUUUUAGGGGUAAUUUUAUCAUUUUUACAACAUGAAUGUUGGGGUUUUAAUUUAGGCUAACUUUUCUUUUUUGCCUCAACCUGAAAAACUUUUGAUAUUUUCAUCAAGGAAUCAAUCUACCUCACAAACCAAUAUCAAUUUGUUCUGUUAACGCUUGGUCCACAUUAGAUGCUGUUGCUGAUACCGAGACGUUGAACGUGUGUGCACUCUGAGCCCAAAUGGCUCAGAAGUGUUUCGAAUUUGAUCCACCAUCUCUCUAAAAAAAAAAAAUCUAAAAUCUUUCUUGCACUUGGAUUGAUUGUUUCUGUUGUGACAGAAGACAGUGCAGAAAUUGUUCAAGGAACUAAUUUGAAAAAAAUAUGUGUGUGUGUGGUGUGUUUGUGUGUGUGUGUGUAUAUAUAUAUAUAUAUACAUGCAUACACAAAUUUUCUUUGCUCUUCUCUGUAAAACUUUUUUAUGUUUUUAUGUAUUUACUUAAUUAUUUGUUGGAUAUGUUUUAAUGUUUUUUUAUUUGAACAGCAUGCAUUUGUAAUGCUGAAAAACAUUACUGUUUCACUUUAUUUAUGGUUUCGAGAUGUUGUCCACAUUCUACUAUUCCUCUCACUGUAAUGGACAACCUUUAACCUUUAAGCAGUAGAUAUUAGGCAAGAUUAACAAAAAGCAAAUCCCAUCCAUCUGCUACAGUAACCGGGCCAAAGCCUCCAGUUCAGUUAAUUAACUGUUUCAUACAGAUGUCAUAUACAUUAAGUUUUUUUUUUUUGUAAUAUAAAAUCAUUCAAUGUUAAGUUGCAAAUGUUUUUCUGUGUGUGUAAACUCAUGUUGUAAAGAUUUUAUCUGUUGCACAUGUAAUUUUGUAAAUGUUUGCACAAGCAAUUUUUUGUAAUUAAUAUAUGAAACUCUUCCCUAUCCCCUGCGCUGAUUUUUUUCAGUGUUAGAAUUGUUUAAAGGUGAACUCCCCGCCUUAAACUUUAUGGCAACUGACACUUUAUCCAGAGCUCUUUUUAGUGAAGGCUCCCACUGGACACUCGAUUAUGGCCUUGGGUAGCUACCCAGAGAAGGUCAGUUUUACUUUGAUGAAGGUACACUCAUAUCAAAAUGUUAGUCCUUGCACCGCGUAAAUAAAAUUGAAACUAUCCGUGUGCUCUAGUGUCUUAUUUGGCUCGCUGCCCAGAGACGUUCCUUCGCCUCUCUGUCCCAGUCUGACAGCGCCACAGAGUCGCUCAUCACAGAUAUUUUGGAUCGGUGUGCCAUGAGCGGCACACUCUGCUCUAAAAGGUCCAAAAGCAAUAUCUAAAGAGCAACACACUGUACAAACACCGAAAACUGAACAUCAGACAAAUUAGAAACAGCCAAUCGUUUUCCCUUCAAGUUUUGAUCUAUGAUAUCUGCCCUUGAUUUAAUUCCUCUCAGUAAUUAAAUCAAUUUUUCACUAAUCAUUAGCUGGAAAAAAAAUCAAAAAUUAAUGACAUCUACUAUCCACCUUCUCUAAGAUUGUACAGUGAUCCCCCUUUUCUAAUCUAUUAAUGUGUUUGUCAAACUCUGGAAAAUAAUUCAGUGGAUGCAGUCAUAAUGCCCUACUGACUACAUAAUAAAAGUGUUACCCUAUAAUUAUAAUGUAUUUACACAUUUGUAUGACAGUGUGAGUCCAAUUAUGUUUGUAAGGAAAGUAUACUGAUUACUGGGGAGAUUUUGAGCAAGUACUUAUACAGUAUUACUGUGUAAUUAUUAUUAUAUUUAGGCCAAUUCCACUUUUUACAGCAUGCUUCUUGAACUUCUGCUGCAUUUUUUUUUUUUUUUUUUUUUUUUUUUUUUUUGAAAAAAUUAAGUGUUACCUUUUCAGCCGAAAGAUGGCAAAUGAAUGGUCUAUGAACAGCUUGGUUGGUAAACGAGAGUUUUGUGUUACAUUAUAGUAACUCAGUUCAACUGUGUAAUGUUCAAGAAGGAGUUGUGUUCGGUCCUGUUUGCAGGGCGGAUGCAGGAUCAGUGCAUGAAGAGGGUCUUGUCACUGUACAGUCAUUUUUACAGAGGUUAAUUCGCUGGCUAACAGACUGGCCGCUGUGAUGCCCUAACUUGUUUCUGACUUGUCAAUUUAGAUUUUAAACAGUCGUAAAUUGUUUUAAAUUCGUUUUCUUUCAGAAACUGUCGCCGAACAGCUCACGCGGGUCCACCACAUCAUCACAUUCUAAGUACGUUCCACUUUCCAUUAAAGUCUUAAUCAAACAUUUUAACUUGUCAGCAAAAUGGUACUCUAUCUUUGUACACGUACUUUAUCAUGAUUCUUGUAAAUAUCAGGAAUUUCUGUGUAAGCAUCAUAAAAUGCUGUCACUGAUCACAGUACUGUAGCUAGUCGUCGUCAAAAGGGCAAACUGUUAUCAAGUAUCGCUAAGCUUGCUGUCAGUGUCUCGGCAAUGUAAAGCACCGUUCAAGAGAGGACACCUGAGUCAAAUGUGUAAAUGCUUUCACCGAAUGUAAAUCCAAGCCAAAUAAAGAACCUUGGAGCUCCGAGGCCAAGCU